AUAUUUCUGUAAUUUUUAAAUAAGAACAAAACACUCUAUGACAGGUCUUGCAUCCAUGGUGGGCAUGCGUGUUGUUUGUGCUUCUGUAUUAUCAAGCAUUUUGCAUGGAUACUCUGCCAAACUUCCUUGUGACUGCUGCAAUCUGAUCUCCAUACUUUUCUGCCUUUUCUAUGGAGCCUGAGUGUGAUUUACCUGUGGUUUGAGGUAAGAGAAUGUGCCAUUUAACUAACUGCCCAUGAUAGUGGUAGGAGCAGUGCUGGCUCUCAUCAGGGAAUUUACAUUACCUCUUGCAAUGGAUUCCCUGCUGCUGUUGUCAGUGAGGCAAAACUUUAGCAUGUCUUGUCUGUCUCAAGAUCUGAAGGUAUUGCAGCCACUUUGUGUGGUACGUGCAGUGUGUCGUGUGCAGAUAUGACUAAAGGCUGGGCAGUAUUUCAUCAUGUCUUACAUUAAUUCAGAGGAUUUAUUUCUGUUGGCUGUAAGAGCAUUUAGGGACAGAUUCACAUUUGCACACUUCUAUUCUUUGCUUGAAUGCCACAAGCAAUUUUUCAGUUUGAGAUGUGUUAAUGUAUGGAACCCAUAAUCCAACAGUGUUGUUGCUCUGCAGUCUGUAGAUUUCCUUAAGGCAGCUCCGAAUUCCAUGUCUGAUUUUUAGCUAUUUGAUUUCCUGGAUUGACAUCAUCCUUGAUAGUUUUGCACAUCCACUUGCUGCCUUAAACACACAAUUUUCUCUCUUAAUUUUGCUUAAAUGAGACUGGCAUGCCUACAGAUUUUUGCUGCCCCCACCCUCCUAUACCCAUUCUUCCCUCUCAUGCUAUAACAUUCUACUGUUAGUCAACCAGUCAUCUUCUAUGGAGGAUAAGUGCAACAGUGGAGACUCACAUUGCACAUCUGAUGUUGUGGAUGAUGGUCAUGAGUUAGAGGCAUGGGAAACCCAUACCUGAGCACCUUUUCAUCACCACUACCUUCCACAAGCAUCCUGCUAGAAUGUCAAGAGAUCAGUCACCAAAAUCUGAUCCUUCGGGUCUCAGGCGCUCCCCUAGAAUACGAAUGCUGCAGUUAAAUACACAAAAACGUGAUGUGAAUGUAGGAGAAAAUACAGUAAGGGGCCCUGUGGAGGAUACCAGAAAUUAUAGGAGGGAACAGGAUAAUGAUUUGCUUGUGUCAUUUGGGAUUGAUACUCAGGAGGCUAUGGAUGCAAUGGAUCUUGAUGAUAGCAUAUUUCAGAAGGUGCCAGUGUCUCAGUUAAGAAUGGAAGAGCUUGGAAAUCAAGGGAAGACAAAACAUAAAUAUGCUUCAAGUCAGCAGGCAAAUUGUCAAAUUCCACGCAGAUUGCAGCGCCAGAAAUCAAAGAAUAGCAAAGACGAGUGUGCUAAGGAAUCCCUUUGUUUAGUAAGAAGCAGAAAAAAUAUAAUCAGAUAUUCUUCAGGAAUUGGGAAUGCAUCUGAGCAAGAUAAUUGCUUGUGUGAGGAUAAAAGAUCAUCAGUCCAAGAAGAAAAAAAAACUGAAUGCAGCAGCAAAAUGUUGAAAGAUCACAUGACUCAUUCUGUGGAAUCACCUGUAAAUCAAAGCCACAAACAGCAUGAAGAAACCUGUAGUAGAAAAAACAGUUUUAAAGAGAUAAAUAUUCUUAAUAAGCAGUGUCUGAAAGGUUUGGGAAAACCAUAUAUUAGUAGAAAAAAUAACAAAGAAAAUAUAUGUGAUUUUGAUGAUAAUCAUGAAAGAAUCAUUCAUCCUAGAAGUGCAGAGAAAGCUGAGACACCACUAAAUUGCUUACAGAAAGGUCAGUCACUAUCAUCAUACAAGCAACCCAAUCCCAUGAACCUGCAUGCCUCCCCUGAGAGUUGCUCUAAGGAAUAUAUAUUACCAAUCCUCAAGUCUUCUGCCUUGUAUGCCCAGUUCCAUUCACUUCUCAAUAAUAGUGAACCAUGUAAAAGUAUGGUCAAGGAACAGGAACUGCAAAAAGAAACUGGUAAUGCAAUCCUAGUGGAUGAAAUAUUACAUAAAAAACAAGAUGAUGUAAGUGAUAAUUCUAGCAGUCCAGAUAAUGGUAGAAAGACAUUUACUUCUAAGGAUUCCCUAAACAAGAUGGAGAAUACUGUUCUCAAGUCCCCUCUGAACUCUGAUGACUCACGAAGUUUCCUGUCAACUCAAGAAAAGAUGGAACUUAGUGCAUGGGGUUUACCAGAAACUGUUUUAAAGUGCUAUCUCGAGAAUGGGGUGAAGAAAAUGUUUCCAUGGCAGGCAGAGUGUCUGAGUCUUCCAGGUGUGCUGGAAGGAAGAAACCUGAUCUAUUCAGCUCCAACCUCAGCAGGCAAGACCCUAGUUGCAGAACUGCUGCUGCUGAAAAGAAUUCUGGAGGGUGGCUGCAAAGGGAUCUAUAUUUUACCCUUUGUCUCAGUGGCUCGUGAGAAGAUGCUUUAUAUGCAGAAAAUGUUUGGGAGUGUAGGUGUGCGUGUUGAAGGGUUUAUGGGAUCCCAAGGUCCAUCUGGAGGACUUAAAGCAACUGACAUUGCAGUGUGCACCAUAGAGAAAGCCAAUAAUCUUAUCAACAGGUUGCUGGAAAAUCGUCGUGUGGAUGAACUGGGCAUAAUAGUGGUAGAUGAGCUGCACAUGGUAGGUGACUCACAUCGUGGCUAUUUGCUGGAGCUCCUUCUUACCAAGCUCACUUAUGUUACUUCAUCAAUGUCAUCUGCAGGAUCUCAUUCACCUGAAAACAAGGUGGAUGAGAAGACUAUGCAAAUAAUUGGAAUGUCAGCCACUUUACCUAACCUUGAGCUUCUGGCUGGAUGGCUUGAUGCAGCGUUAUACACCACAGACUUCCGGCCAGUGCCCCUUCAGGAGUGUGUCAAGCUGGGUACAUCUGUUUUUGAUUCCUCAUUCAGAAAGCUGAGGGAAUUAUGCCCUAAAAUGACUUUGAGGGGAGACCGUGACCACCUCAUGCAGUUAUGUCUGGAGACUGUGCUGGAAGGAUUUUCUGUGCUGGUUUUCUGUCCCAGCAAGGCAUGGUGUGAGAAUCUGGCUGAAGCAGUAGCAAAGGAAUUCUAUGAGAUUGGUAAGACUAAUGGCUCAUAUCCUCCUGAACUGGGCCCUAGACUGCGUAGCACUUUGGAUUCUGCUGGUAUCAGGAAUGUCCUGGAGGCAUUGCGCAAAUGUCCAGUUAAGCUUGAUAAGAUUCUCUCCAGAUCUGUGGCCUUUGGGGUAGCUUACCAUCAUGCUGGCCUCACCUUUGAUGAACGGGACAUCAUUGAGGGAGGCUUCCGUUCUGGAUCUCUGCGCGUUCUGCUAGCCACCUCCACACUCUCCUCUGGGGUUAAUCUUCCAGCACGGAGGGUUAUCAUUAGAUCACCAGUAUUUGGGGGUUCCAUUCUUGAUGUUCUCACAUACAAGCAGAUGGUUGGACGUGCUGGGAGGAAGGGUGUUGACAUGAAAGGUGAAAGUAUUCUUAUCUGCCGUGAAGGGGAAAAGGCAAAGGCCCAGACAUUGAUGACUUCCAGCCUGCCUCCCAUCACUUCCUGCCUUCAGAAAGAUGCCUCUCUCACCUCCAGCAUGAAGCGGGCUGUCUUGGAGGUGAUUGUCAGUGGGGUGGCCAAAACUCCUCAAGAGGUGGAGAAAUACUGUAGCUGCACCCUCUUGGCUGCCUCAUUGAGGGCUAAUCAGUUGGAGGAAAAGGAGGGCACUGACUCCUCUCUUGCACAAAGUUCACUCAAAUCAUGUAUCAAUUUUCUCCUUGAAAAUGAAUUCAUCAGACUGCAAGGAGAAGAAGAAGGGGAAAGAAGCAUCCAACAUGUGGGAACUCAGCUGGGUCUAGCUGUAUUGGCUUCAGGUCUUUCACCAGAUGAAGGACUGCAUGUCUUUUCUGAAUUACAUCGUGCCAGGAAAUGCUUCGUUCUAGAGAAUGAACUCCACAUAGUGUAUCAGGUGACACCAGUGUAUGUGAGUGCUGCCUGGCCAGAUUUAGAUUGGAUGGCAUUCCUAAGGGUGUGGGAGGCCUUGGAUGAAGACCAGAAACGUGUUGCACAACUGGUGGGGGUGGAGGAGAGCUUCAUUGUGCGAGCUUUGAAAGGUGUCAUCAACAAAAGGGUCCGCAGGCAGGCACAGCAGCUGGCAGUUCAUCAGAGGUUUUAUGCCUCCCUGGCCUUGCAGGACUUGGUGCAAGAGGUCCCACUUGAUGAGGUGGCCCACAAAUUUGGUGCAUCUCGUGGGGUACUGCAGGCACUACAGCAGUCUGCUGCAACCUUUGCUGGUAUGGUGACUGUUUUCUGCAAUCGGUUGGGGUGGCACAACCUGGAACUGCUUGUAGCGCAAUUCCGUGACAGGCUACAUUUUGGUAUCCAGCGUGACCUGUGUGAUUUGGUGCGGCUGUCUCCUCUCCUCAAUGCUCAGCGUGCCCGCCACCUGCAUUCUGCUGGGCUUGAGACUGUGACUAUGGUUGCCAAUGCUACACCUGCCCAGGUGGAAGAGAUCCUGCAUGCUGCUACACCUUUUCACAGUACCAAGCUUAAUGAGAAAACUGUCCAUGGCACAAUCUGGCUGUCAUCUGACCGGUGUGUUACAGAAGCUGAGGCAGGUGCUCUCAUUGUAGCUGAGGCUCGCAAGCUGGUGCAGAAAGAGCUGGGGAUUUCUUCCAUUGACUGGAACCAGAGGAUGCAAGAUCCCAUAAAACCAGGCAAAACUCACCAAUCUCCUGGAACUCCACAGGUGAUAAGGAGGGAAUUAGUCACUCCUCUGAUGAAAUUGGAGACACCUCAUUCUGGUAAAACUUUGCUGAAGCAGCAGGAUUUUUCCUCUACUGCUAUUUCCACCCAUACUGGGAAGAUAGCAUCCAAGCAUCCAAGGUUAAAGGGUGACUGGAAGGAACUUUUGAAAAAAUGUGAAAAGAAGGAAGAGAACUUAAACAAAGUGGACAACAAAACAGUCGAGAAAAAUCUGUGGAAUCAUCAGAUCAAUAAAGAAAAGAAUUCAAAGUCAGCUUUUAACCUGGAAGAUGCACCACCAGCAAAUGUGGGGAGAAAAUUUGCAGGAGGGAAGGAAUCACAGAUGAUGGAUAAUCCUGCACUCAGUACAGAAUAUGAGAGUACCAUAAAGAAAAAAUGUACAGAAAGAUCUGAAAAAUAUGAUUCUGAAAGGGAGCCUGAAAGUGUUGUGACUAGCAGUGCUGAAAAUAAAUCAUGUGAUGGUAUAUUAAUGAGUGAUGAAAAGGUUAAUUCACAUUUGAAACUAAAUGUCAUAGAUGUUGAAAAAUCAGAUAUUCCUGGAAAGCUAAUGAAUACGGGAAACAGUUAUUCUGAUAGUAAGAUUGUACCUAAAAGAGAGAGUCCAAGGACUACAGUAAAGUCUACUCGCUUGUUAUUCACUAAUAUCAGAACAAAAAAGAAAGUAAAAACACAAAAUAACAAAAACAAGAGUAUCUUUACUCCUGAUUCACAAGAAGAUAAAUCAGACAAUGUAUUUUCUCCUAAAAGUAGGAAAGCUAGAAGUAACACUACAUCACAUAUUCCCAAAACAAAAGGAGAAAAAGUAAUUAGCUGGUCUACCUCCCCUAUUGGUGAUACAAACACCAGCUCUAGCAUAAAGAAAAAAGUUAGCCGAACUUCAGAAGUUCCUCACACACUAAACAUGUUGAUGAGAGGAGGCGGCAAAGAAAAUGCACUUGACCAAACGCUGGAUUCUGGUACUGAUAUAGCUGGUUCUGACAGAAUUGUUGCUGUUGGUAGUGGUGAGGUUAGUAAUACACCUCUUCCACACUCACCUUUCAUGACAGAGAAGGUUAGAAUGAUCACAUCUUCUACACCUAUUAUGGUGUCAGAAUCCCAAUCCAACAAGCCUCCAGCUCCCCUCCUAACUCCGGGAUCAGAACCUGCAUCUUCCUCAGUUUUAAACUUCAUGGUUAAUACUGACUUCAAUAACAGCAGUGACCUGUUCAGUGAGAGUAAUUCUGAAUUUCAUCUUGGGAAUAAAACUCAGGAAAUCUCUAGCAACCUUGAGGGAUUAGAAGAAAAGAAUUAUGAGACAGACUCUGGUAAAACUGGUAUUAUGGAUCAAAAGAAAGAAUAUAGAAAAGAAAAUGAGGACUUUCUUCAGAACCGUGGACAGUUGAGUACAAAAAUCACAAAAUCAGAGGGCACAAAAGAUAAUACUGAGCUUGAAGACAGAAGUUCAAAGGACGAAAUGUGCUGGAAGUUGAAGAAUGUAAAUAUUGAAAGAAGACCUUGUAACAUAGAGGACAAAAUGCACUUUGCUGAUUGUCAGAGGCUGAAGGAUGUAAAUGGUAUGGGAAGAAAAAAUAGCUCAGACAUUAAGGAUGAUGGAAUAACUACUCAUUCAUGUGAUGUGGAAGAAAAGGAUAACAUUUAUUACACUUUUGGCAAGGUAGAUGAAGGUCUCAAAUCAUCAAAUUCAAAAUGCUUGUCGCUGGUAACUAGCACUUGGAAGCUUACUGAAAGUUCUCGUGAAAACGUAGAAGACUAUAUUCUCACAGACUCUCAGAAGAAUGGUUUGUUGAUGACAAUGAGCUCUCAGGAGCCAGAUGACCCUGCAGUUUCAGUUUCACCAAUGUGUCACAAAAAGCUUUAUAAUAUGAAAAAAAGAAAUAAUGAUGACAUAGAUUCUCCUAAAAGUUCAUUAGACUGUCACAGAGAGCUGGAUAAUGAAAAGAUAGGAAAUAAUGAUACCCACGUAGAUUCAGGAGUAAAUAUGACACGUACACCGAAUAAAUUGAUGGAACAGUGUGAUAGUAUCAGAUUGCUUGGGAAAGGAGAGAAGAGGAAGUUAGUGCAGAAUGCUAAGCUUGGUAUUCCUCCUAAAAGGUUGUGUGUUAUUCCUCAGAAAAGCCAUAAUUAUUUUUGUAACAAAACAGAAAAUGUGAAAGAUUCAAUCAAUGUUGCUACUUUAAAAGCAGAUUGCUUAAGUGACCCUACUGAAAUAUCAGGUAGGGCUGAAGAUGAGUUUGGAAGUUUGUCUUAUUUUGAAAAAUCUGCCUCAAGUGACCUAUAUUUUAGUGAAGAUAGAUCAGAUGUAGAAAAAAAAAAUGAUGAUAAACUUAUAGAUACCUCCAAUCAAGAAGAUUUUUUAAAUCAAGCUCUUCUGAACCUAAGUGAAAUAAGCCAUAAAAGUAAUAACUCUCCUUUAACUUCGGAAAAGUUUUCUGACAAAAGGAACAGUUUCCAGACAGUGAAGGAAAUAAUUUCUGUGCCUAAAGACUUGGGUUCUGGUAUACAUAAGGAUUAUAAUUAUAUAUCAGACUCAUUCCUGGAAGAAGCUUAUGAAAACUGUCUUCAGUCACAGAAUAAUGAUAAUGAUGCAGAAAUUAGCUCUUGCAAACAGUCGUCACAGGAUGAUUUGGAACUCCAUCACAACCUGAUGAAACCUCUGAGUCAAGAUUUUCAGCUUUCUAUGUGGGAGGAUUCUUUAGUACAACCCAACUCAAACACUACUAAGCAUCAGAAUGAGAACAGUGAGGAAAAUACCAGGAAUUUACAUGAUUGUACUGCUACACCAAACAUUCUGCACAAUAGAGAAGAAAUAGCUGGAGACCCUCAGAUGAAUUCAGUUCUCCAUUCAGACAAAAGUCAGCAAGAUGUUACCUUCAGUCAGUUGCAGAUAACACCAAGGACUGAAGCUCUGCUUGAGGGGAAAUCUUUCAGGGACACUAAUAGGGAAGGACAAAUAUCUGCAAACUUGCUUCCCUCCCCUGUCCAAGAAACACAGAGAAAACAAAUAAAUGAGUCAGUUGAGUGUAAGAGUACAGACAAACCAAAACAUUUAUUUGUUAGAAAUAUUGCCAGUUUUGCUGAAGGAAUGAUAAUGCCAGUAGACAUCACAGAUGGUGCACAAUGCCAAGAAACAGCUAACACAGUAGAAGAGGUCAGUGGACUUAACAUUCAUCAGAGCAGUCAACAGAGAACAGAGACUUCAAAUAAACUUUCCUCAAGUACCACUGAUUCAUCAACAUGUACUUCCUCAUUCUGCAUAGUGGAUGUGGUGAAUGAUAAGCGGGUGUUUGCAAGCUUUGUGAAAGAACUACAACAACAGUCAGUAGUGUCACUGGCUUUGGCUUGUGAACGUGCUCCAUCCCAUAAGCAGCACCAGGAACAAUGUAUAGGUUGGAGGAUUACCGGGCACAGCCGCACUCCAAGGCAAAGAAUACGGCACAGGACUGGGCAGCAGGUGGCAGGGGUGCUGGUGGAGAACUCUGACCUGAUGUUGGUGGGGUUAGCAGUGUGUUGGGGACAACAUGAUGCUUAUUAUCUCAAUUUCCGCACUUCACAGGAUGAACCCACAAGUUGCAGCCUCCCCACCCCUGACCUUACUGAUGCUGUUUCUGUGGAAGAAAGAGUGGCAGCUGUGAAGAGCUUUUUAUCUAGAGAAGAACAGUGUGUGGUACGAAUGUGGGAUGCCAAGAGCAGCAUACGGUUGUUGGUGAGAUCUGGCCUUGGAUGUCUGACUGGCCCUGUGGAGGAUCCCAGAGUGGCUGCCUGGAUGCUGGAUCCAGGAGCAAAAGAACCCAACCUAUGCAAUUUAGUCAUGAACCAUCACCUUGGUAGCCUUCCAUUACUGGAGGGCAUGAAUGGCUGCCGAGGACUAGGUGGGCUAGGCAUCACGACCUCGAACCCUGGAUCAUGCCGGGUGAGGGCAGCAGUGGAAAGUGUAAUUGUGUUCCACUUGAUGCCAUCACUGACUUCCAGACUUGAGAAGAUGGAAAUGCUGCCAUCUUUUGUAGAGGUGGAGAUGAGGAGUGUGGUGGAGCUGGCAUACAUGGAGCUAAGUGGACUGGGCUUCAGCAACAAGGAAUGUGAAACCCAAAAGUGCAUCAUGCAGGCAAAACUGUCUUCCCUUGAAAAUGAGGCAUACAGUCUGGCAGGUCAUUCCUUCAAUCUCACUUCCCCUGUUGAGAUUAGCAAAGUUUUGUAUGGUGAACUCCAUCUUCCUCACCCUUCAUCUCGAAGCUCCAGUAUUGCCUCCAACACAAGGAAGCGUGGAAGGGGAAGGGGUGGAGGUCCUACCAAUAAAGAGUCCCUGGAGAAGCUGAAACUCCACCACCCAUUACCUGACAUCAUCCUCCAGUGGCGCAAGAUAUAUUCAUCUCUCAUCAAGGUGAUGCUUCCACUGCAGCAGGUGAGGUUACGAUGUUCCCAGCUAGCAAUGGACCGCAUCCACCCAACGACUCACACCUUCACUUCUACGGGCCGCAUCACUAUGCAUGAGCCCAGCCUCCAGACCAUUCCCAGAGACUUUGACAUACAGGUUGCAGUAGAAGACACAAGUAAGAAUGGCAAGAAGAAAAGUCUGCCACAAAACCAAUUGAAUGCAGCAACCAUGACUCAGCUGGCUCCUUUCUUGGCUCAAGAAUUUAAAAAGGAGAAACAACACCACCAUACAGUGAGUCUAAGACAUGCUUUUGUUGCCCGACCCGGCCAUGUGCUUCUAGCAGCUGACUAUUCCCAGUUGGAACUCAGACUCUUUGCUCAUCUAGCAGGUGAUCAACCCUUAUUGCAACUGCUCAACAGUGGAGGGGAUGUGUUCACUCUUCUGGCUACACAUCUUGCCUCCCAACCUUCUGAGGUCACCUCAGAGCAACGGCAGCAGGCCAAACAGGUAUGCUAUGGCAUAAUCUAUGGAAUGGGAGCACGAGCUUUAGGAGAGCAGCUUCAGAUUGAGGAGGAAGAGGCAUGUAUUCUCAUGGAACAAUUUAAGAGCAGCUUUCCAGGCCUGCAGAGAUUUGCCAAAACUACUGUGGAGGCUGCUCGCUGCAACGGUUAUGUCACAACUCUGCUGGGCCGCCGCCGCUAUCUGCCGGCCAUCACCAGUACAUGUCAUCGGUCCCGUGCCCAAAGUGAGCGCCAAGCAGUGAACACUGCCAUCCAGGGUUCUGCAGCAGAUUUAGUUAAAAAAGCAAUGGUGCAGAUACAAAUAGCCCUCAGGGAAACCUUCCCCACAGCACCAACUUGCCUUACUGCAUCUGUGCUCUCCACCUGCCAAGAGGUGUCCAGAGGAGCUCAUCUUGUUCUUAACCUUCAUGAUGAGUUGAUGUAUGAGGUUAUGAGUGAAGAUGUGAUUCAGGUGGCACAGCUUGUCCAAAAACACAUGGAGGGAGCCCUACAGCUGUCUGUUGCUCUGCCAGUGAAAAUCAAGGUUGGUCCUUCUUGGGGUUCCAUGCAGACUUUGAACCUGUAAGUAUUCAUGAGAAGAGGCUAGAUGUAGACAUAACUCAAGAAAUUGUGGUCUGACUGUCUAGGGAUGGAAGUGGAAUUCUGCUCUUCUGUGUAUGGGGUUGUUAAAAGAUGAGUUCAUGUGUGGCAGCACUUCUUAGUAAGAGACCAGAAAGAUAAAUUUACUUAGUUGUACUUAGCUAGUUGCAGUAUGCAGGACCUGAAUUGCACUCAUGUAAUCCUGCCUUCAUAGUAUCUAUAUGUAAUGUCUUUCUGUAUUCUAGUCUAUUCCAGAUUUUUUUUUUUUACUAGCAUGGGGUAUUGUUAUGUUAUAUUGCAAUAUUUUUAUUAGCACUGAAAUACUAAAACAUUUAUGUGACUAUUAUCAGUACUGAUGAAAGCUGUGAUGGAAAACUGACAGUGUUAUUUUAAGAUAUUUUAAUGUAUUUUAAAUUUUAGGUUAAGUAACACUAGUAAAGCAUUGUUUAAGAUAAUUUAAAACCUUGAAACCUACUAGACCUUUUAUAUUAAUGUAAAUAUUGAUAUUCAUUAUAUACUAAUGGAUUACUUUUUAAUACUAAUUGUUGAUAUAAUGUUAGACAGUAAAGAAACCUCACUGUCAGAGAUUUAUAAUAAAAGAAAUGUUUACCUUUCAUACAUUGAAACCUUAAA